UGUUGAGCUCGCAAUAGCGGAAAAUACGAGGAUAGAGAGAGAGGCAGACAGAAAGGCGGAGGUGCUGAGGAGAAGGUCCGAAGUUGCGAAAGAAGAGGUACGUAGACUAGAGGCAACCAGGAUCGCAAUGGAGGAGGCGAAGAAAACCCACCAAGACGCAGAAGCCAGAGCAGAAUUUGCCAAGGGGGAAAGGGAAGAAGCAGAUAGGAGGAGGGUAGAGGAAGCGAAGAGGAAAAGGGAAGUCGAGGCAGAGAGGAAGAGGCUGGUAGAAGCAGAGAGGAAAAGGGUGGAAAAAGCAGUGCGAAGGAGGAGGAUGGAGGAAACAGAGGAGAGGAGGAGAGUGGAUGAGGCAGUGGAGAGGAGGAGGGAGGAAGAAGCAGAGAGAAGGGUGCUGGAAGCAGUAGGAAGACAAGCGGGAAGAGUAGUGAGGAGAGGAGAUGAAGGCGAGGCGCUGGUACAACCGCAACCGGUGAGACCUGCGGUCCCAAAUCUGGAGGCCCUGGCUGACCAAGCGAGGCAUCCCCUUCCUGCCGAGUUCAUUGAUGCCCCCCCAUAUGCACGUUGGCUGGGGAGGAAGAUGAUUUCGCUGGAACAACACUUGAAAGUCAAUCGGACAUUGAUCAGACGGCAAAAUCAGGAGCUCUUCCGUCGUACUGAAGAUCUACCGGAGGGUUUGCCGUUCAGGACUCUAGCACACUUCGUAGCAUUCAACAAUGCUGCCGAUGUGACAUUCGACUAUCUCGUUGGAUUUUUCUGCCAUCUAGCACAACCCAAUGCAGCGGAAUGUGCAAGAGCUUAUUUCCACGCUGCUUUUCAUAUCCAAAAGGAAGUCUCGCUUCAUGUCACCUGGAAAGGGGUGCCUCAACGGAACAAACUCUCCUUCAAGAACAGCCGUUUUACGAGGGCUUGUCGAGAUGCUAUGCACAUGAAUCAGAGAUUCGAAGGGCCCUCGGAGGAUGAAUUCAUCGACGUGAUGACGAAAGCCUUUAAGGCCCUGGAAAAUCGUCGGCGUCGGAGAGAUUUGCAUCCCCUAGACGAUCCAGAUGACCAACCUCCACCGCCUCAACGACGUCGUGUCGACUACGGGGAGAUAGCUGAACCUGAUGAGGAUAACUUCCUUGCUCUCUUCGAUGAUGACAUCCCGGUGGUCGAUGAGGAGGGCUGAGGGCUUUAGCUUCGUGGGAAAUCUGCGAGGAUGGAUCUUUUUUGGAGUUUAUUUUUCGGGGGUCCCAUAGGGUUUCAUUAUGUUCGGGAUUUAUCAUCGAAUAUGUCGACGGUUCUUACUGAAACGAGAGUAUUCGGGUUUAUCUUGUCAUACAAAGGUAUCUUGUUUAUAAAUUGACCCUUGUAAUCACUUCACUAGUCUUCCCUGCCUGAUCGUGGUCAUUAAUCCACUAGUCUCUCGCAUUUGACUCUUGUGACCUCUCCUGGGGUCCCUUGACUUCACCUCACUCGUCCCUCCUGUUCAACCCGUGCGAUCGCUCCACUGGCCUCCUCUAUUUGACCCUUGUAAUCACUCAACUUAUCUUCACUUGUAAUCGCUCCACUUGUCGCUCUCGUUUCACCCUUGUGUUAUCUUCACUCGUCCCACCCAUUUACCAUCGAUAGAGAAUGCCAGAGGGCAUAAGCCUCUUAACAAAUUAUAUAUUUACAUUUUGCUAGCUAAAUCAGUUGACACAAUUUAAUCAGUGUUAAUGAAAUAGGUCUUUUCUUAUUUCGCGUGAGUUACCUGAGUUUCAUUCGGAAAUUAUAAGAUACGUUUGUAUUAAAACAAAAAUCCAAAGAUCCUUGUUUUAUCAGGAACCGUCGAUAUAGGGUGCCAAGAUAGCAUUGGUUAUGUCUUGCCGGAGAAGGAGGGUUGGGGCCUUUUCCAAUUAAAUUAAUCAUUUCCUCGUUAUUCAUCUAUUUUUUGUGGGGGAGGCGUUUCAUCUGCGUUGGGCUUCACAAAAAGCAGCGGGGAGGGGCUGUUCAGGUCGAGUCUUCUUUCUGUUACAGGUCCAGUACCCCCGGGGGAAUUCUUGUGCAAUAAACGGAAUACGUUGGCAGAUUCAAUCAUUUUUUUGUUUCAGAUUGGCUUUUUAUAGGAGAGACAAAUAAAAUGGUUGUGUCUCACUGGAAAGGGCGGGGUGGAGCCCUUUCCCUUCAAGAGCAGCUCGCUAUGAGUUCUGAGAAACGAAGAAUUAGUGCUACAAAAGAUCAUUCAUUGUGUGUUUGCACUCCAGAUGCUUAAAAUCUAAAAAACAGUGCAGUCUAAUCAAUUUCUGAGCUACGGAGGUUUUUUUUUAUUUUUCUAAAAGAUACAUAGAACAAAAUAAUUACGAGCUACUUUUUUGAAAUUCAACUUCUAAAUCGCCAUUUUCAUUCUUUUUUCAAUAACAAACUGCAAUAUUCAUGCGAAACAACUCGAAAAACAUCUUUUGAAAUUUUUUUUUUUAAUGUGAAAUAUUAUAAUUGUUUUGAGGAUCAUUUUCCUGGCUAUGUUGCAUGAAUAUUGAAAAAUUUUAUUAAAAAAGUCUCGGAAUCAGCUAUUUGGAAGUCGAAUUUGAGAAAAGCAGCUCAUAAUCGUUAAUCUACAAAUCUUUUGGAACAUUUUGGAAAAAAAAAGAAACCUCUGUGUUCAGAAAUUUAAUCCACUGGACAAUUGUUCAGUUUUUUAGUGUCUGAAUGGCAAACAAACAAUGGAUAAUAUUUUUUCUGUACUAAUUCUUUGCUUUUCGACACAUAUAAUCGAUUUUCCCUGUAUGAUAAACCUCACUGUGAUAUCCCGCGAUUUUUGAAACUAAUAGUAACCUCCCCGCAGCAAAAUAAAUAUUCUUUCCGAUUAAUUUUUCGUUCUGUAUUUUUCAGACUAUCUCCGAGUUCCUAGAAAACCUAAAAGCACACCCCAAGUAUCCCAGUGACCUGCUGAAGAAACGUUCCUCCCAUCUAUCAGAUUUCCGGAAAGGGAUUCGUCUCAACUCUAUCAGAAUUAUUUCAUAGAAUUUCCACUGAUUAGACGGUAGAAAUUAUUCAAGACUGUCCACCUUCCUUUUGAAUUUAAUUAAUACCAUUAUUCCACAUUGCGAACUGUAUUCGAUCCAUUAAUUACAAUUAGAAUUAAUAAAAGAAUCAUUUGUCCUCAUUAUUAUUGAAUAAAAAUUCUAAUUACAA